AUGAGUAAAGCAAACAUCAUUUCUGACGUGAUAAUACAACUACCAGCAAAACUGAACGUGGAAUGUGCACCUAACCGUCUUGAUUCAAAAGCCGUCACACUAAUGGAAUUAGGAGAAAGUAACACAGGAUCAUGGAAAUGUAGUUCAAUGGGCGUAGACACGCCAACAGUUACUACAGAUACAGUACACGAAUUUGUGCCAGAAUAUCCUACUGGUCCGAAAGAUAUCAGAGAUAUGGACUUAGAAAAAGAUGACUAUUUGGAUGAUAUUAUUCAACAAGGGGAUGAUCUUACAAGUGAAAAUGAAACCGAAGAACAAAGCGGAACAAAAACACAAAGUGAUUACGAUACAAAAUUGAACGUACAGUAUUAUGCAAACGAGGCAGAAAAUAUAGAAAAAGCGGUGAAAGAGAGU